GUUUUGCUUGAUGCUCCGUGUACAGGCUCAGGCAUCAUUGCCAGGGACCCUUCCGUGAAGGUGAAGCGAGGCCAGAAGGACUUUGAGAACCAUAGUCGCUUACAAAAAGAGCUGCUUGCGGCAGCUAUUGACAUGGUUGACGCAGGCUCCAAGACGGGUGGGUACGUCGUCUACUCAACCUGCUCCGUGUCUGUGGAGGAGAAUGAGGCAGUCGUGGACCAUGCCCUGAAGACGAGAAAUGUUGAGUUGGUGUCCUUUACCAGCUCCGUCAGCUUUGGCGUGGAAGGUUUAACGAAAUAUCGGGAGCGUCGCUUUCACCCAUCGAUGAAUUUGACGCGUCGCUACUACCCCCACGUGCACAACAUGGAUGGCUUCUUUGUGGCGAAGUUAAAGAAAACUUCAAACAAAGUGUGCCAGACUCUGCUCAUGUACUGA